AUGCUGCAAGAGGUUCAGGACGCCCUUAGAAGGAGAACUCCAAAUAUUCGUGAUGAGAGAAAAAAACGCUUUUGGAAGUGUCCUCACCAAGGCUGUGAUGGGUUUGCUUGCACAAGGGAUUUCAGGUGCACCCUGUGCAACAGAAUAGUUUUAGACAGUUCAGGGAUAUCAAAUACCAAUGUAGAAGUUGUUUACGAUCCAUGUAGUGGCACACCAACUUUCAAAAGGCCUCGAACUGCCGUUGAUCACUACCUGGUGCCUCUAAACAUUUUCAGCAUAGGAAGAUCAGGGAUAUUUGAUGGUCGUUUAGACGAUUGCCGUAUAACUUCAUCUGCCAUUUACUUCAAAGUAAAAGUGGAAGGCAUAUGGACUAGCAUCAACAUCCCGUCUGAGAGUAUUGCUAGGCUCGUAUUUUGUGAAGUCCUCCAGGUCAUAUUUUUGAAGCCACAUAAUUCCUUCAAAUCACAACUGUCCAGCUUACUCAAGCUUAAAGAGUUUGUAUUACCAAAUGUCAAGUGGCUCUUUUUAGUGUUUCGGGAACCUUCUGUUAGUGACCCUUUUUACUUGACUACAAAUGUACUUGAAGGUUUGGCCAAUAAUAUUCGAGAAAAUGGGUCUUGUGACUUGAAGUGUGAUGCCGAAAAAGCCCGAGAAAUUCUUACCAGUUGUGGUCUUCGUUUACCUCGAGCUGAACUAAAACGAACUGCAUUAGCUACCGAAUCUCAUGCUUCUUACCAAGUCGAUCAAAAUAAAGCUGAGAAUGAAGCAAUUCAUAUUUCAGAUACGGAGAGUAGUUCAUCUCAGAUUGUCAAGUAUACGAAUGAAGGUGGUUUAUUAACGAAUGUAUUGAAUACUUUUGCGAAUUCUGGCAUCGAGUUCAAAAAUGGUUCUGGCUCUUCAACCUGGGGAAUGAGCUCAGAAAAAUCGGCUGUAAAUGAAUGUGACAAAGAACGUGAUGACCUAAUCAUACUAUCGGAUGAAAGUACUGGCGAUUGGGUCCAGAAUGUGCAAUGCGCCGCUCAAUCCAACAGUACAGUAUUGCCUACAAAUUGUGGUGAUGAUUCCUUCAAAUUUGAUUAUAAACCUCCUGGAUCUACCGACAGUGUAACAUUAACCGAUAAUGAUAUUGCAUGUUUAAUACCUGGCGGCCUCAUAAACGACGCAAUAAUCAAUUUCUAUCUGAAAUAUUUGUACUUCGAACAGUUAACAGAAUCUCAAAAACAAGCUACUUACUUGUUCAACGUGUUUUUCUAUAGCCGGCUGGCAAGUUGUAACCCAUCAAGUCAUCCAGUUACACCGGGCAUACCAAAAAGUUCAGAAACAGCAAAUCAAACGAUUCUUGUUCAACACGCUAAUGUAGCCAAGUGGACACGUCGGGUUGAUCUUUUCAGCAAAGAUUAUAUCAUUAUUCCAAUCAACGAGAGUGCACACUGGUUUCUCGGUCUUGUAUGUUAUCCUUGGAUGGCGGGAAUGGUCAGUUAUACAGCCCUUUAUCGCCAAGAAGUUUAUCACCUCUGCCAGUUAACAAAACAAUUUAGUGAUGUUGAUCGUACUAAAUUCUCAGAAGAUGUAUUUUUAUCAAAUAUUGAUGAAGAAGUUAUUCAAAGGUUGCCUACUGACGCUCCAGGUGAUGCAUUUGAUCGGUGGCGGCGGAGACGGUUGGCCUGGCUUCGCAAACGUGGUGUCAAUGCCAUGCCCUGCGUUCUACUAUUGAUUCGCUUCCUUCUCAUAGUCGAGUUGGCAAUUUGCAUGUCAUUCGGAACUACUUACAGGCAGAAUGGAACACACGCAGAUCAGCACAAGAUGGCAUUCUCCGGUUUGAUAAGGAUACAAUUCGAGGUUUUAGUCCACGAGUGCCUAUUCAAAGCAAUUUUGUGGAUUGCGGAAUCUAUUUACUCCACUAUGUGGAAAUGUUUUUCAAGAAACCUGUUAAAAGUUAUACAAAAGAUUAUUUUCAACACGAAAUGGCUGGAUGGUUUCCAGAGGCUACUGUUGCUGAGAAACGUGUGCAAAUUCACAACCUUUUGA